AUGGCACCCUCCAUCAAUGACUUCCCUCACUCCAACACCUCGCCUCAAUCCCCCGUCUGCAAGAUAGGCAUCAAUGGCUUCGGUCGCAUAGGCCGCAACGUCCUCCGCGCAGCCCUCAACAGACCCGACCUCCAAAUCGUCGCCAUCAACCACACCUGCACCACAAUCCAAGACCUCAUCCACCUCAUCCGCUACGACUCCUGCAUGGGCAACCUCCCACCCACGGUCCCCAUCCACGCCCUCUCCGACACCCUCCUCAGCAUCAACGGCCACCAAAUCGCACUCACCUCGGAACGCAGCCUGCAAAACCUCAACUGGGCCGCCCUAGGCGCAGACUACGUGAUCGAAUGUACCGGAAAGUUCACCAAGCAUGCCCAAGCCCUCGAGCACAUCACCCACGGCCACGCUAAGCGGGUCAUCAUCUCCGCGCCGAGCGCCGACGCCCCGACGUACGUGUACGGCGUCAAUAGCGAUGCGUACACGGCGGGGGAGCGCGUGAUCUCCUGUGCGAGCUGCACGACGAACUGCGUGACUCCCGUGUUGAAGGUGCUGCAGGGGCAUUUCGGCAUUGCGCAGGGUUUCCUGACGACUGUGCAUGCGGCGACGAGGUCGCAGCAGGUGUUGGAUGGGUAUAGUAAGAAGAAUCGGCGAUUAGGCCGCAGUGUCUUUGAUAAUAUCAUUCCGACGACCACAGGUGCAGCCAAGGCUAUUGCGACGGUGUUGCCCGAGUUGAGCGGGAAGGUUACGGGGGUGUCGAUCCGGGUGCCAACUCCCAACGUCUCCAUGAUCGACUUGACCGUCAGCACAGAAAAGCCCACCUCGCUGGCCGAGAUCCUGGCUGUCUUCCGCCGCGCGGCAAAGUCGGAGCUGGCCGGCGUGUUGGCUGUGGCUGAUGAGGAGCUCGUCAGCAGUGAUUAUCUUGGGAACCCGCACAGUGCCAUUAUCGAUGCGCCGGCCUGUUUGGAAUUGAAUCCUCAGUUCUUCAAGAUCAUGGCGUGGUAUGAUAACGAAUGGGGAUAUUCGAAUCGGCUGCUAGAUCUGACCAAGCAUGUGGCUUCCCAAGAACUUGAUGCAUAG